AUGGGCUCAAAUUUGCCGUUCGCCGUCGACGCGGAGUCGCCGCUCAACCCAGCAGAGCUCCAGGUGCUGCGGGCACAAUAUGAGAAGGAGGGCGAGAUGGUCGGCGUGCAGACAAAGUUCAACUACGCAUGGGGCCUCGUGAAAUCAAACCGCCGCGACGACCAGCAGCUCGGCGUGAUGCUGCUCUCCGAGAUUUUCCGCACCUCCCCCGAGCGCCGCCGCGAGUGCCUCUUCUACCUGGCCCUGGGCAACUACAAGCUGGGCAACUACGCCGAUGCCCGCCGCUACAACGACCUGCUGCUGCAGAAGGAGCCCGCCAACAUGCAGGCCAACGACCUGAGUACCCUGAUAGACGACAAGGUGGCCAAGGAGGGCCUGAUGGGCGUUGCGAUUGUUAGUGGCCUCGCGGUGGCGGCCGGCGUUGUCGGUGGGGUGCUGUUUAGGAAUCUGGGGAGGAAGAGGUAG